UAUUUUUAAUUUUUUUGUGAUUUUUUGAUUUGGGUUGUUGUUGAUUCAUUUUUUUGUGGUUACCCUUUAAUUUGAUUGUUCUUAGGGUAAUGAUAAUGAAGCUAAAAUGUAAAUUUUUUUUUGUAAUCAUAAUUGGGAACUGUGACCUUCCAACCUUUUAACUUUUGAUUUGGUAAUUUGAUUUGGGAUGUGUUUAGUUCAUAUUAGUUGGCUACCCGUUAAUUUGAUUGGUCUUGUGAUGAUGUUAGUGAGGAUAAUUUGUCGAAAUUCUGACUGUAAUUGUAAUUGAGGACUAAGUCUUGUAAUCUAUUGAUUGCCGAGGAGCCGAGUUCGGUGUUGUUAGUGUAGAGUCAGAUUAUCAGUACAUCUAAUCGGAUUGUUUAAUUAAACUUAUGAAGGAGUGUGUUAUAAGUUUGUUUUAAAUGUUACUCAGGAUUUGUGUUAACCUUAAUCUUUUGGAUGGGGUUGUUAUUGAAAGUUGAAAUUCUUGAAAAUUGUUUUAAUUGCUGUCAAAUGUGACUUUUUGUCACUGCAUGUUAGGGAAUGCAAGUGAUUCUUUACUAUUUGCUUCCCACAAGAGUUGGUUUCCUGUUCUAUGUCGAUGGAAUGAAAUUUAUGAUGGACAACUGAUCUAUCUUAUAGGAUUGCCAGCUCAAUUUAUGGGGUUUAUUAAUGAAUUUUAAAGGUGAUCAAAGAGGUUGAAGCUAAUUCUCUAAUGGUGACAGUGCCAUAAUUUUUCAUUAAGCCUUCUUUAGUAAAAUGUGCAAGAAUAGAAGGCCGGAGAAUUUAAUGUAAGGAACUAAGAUGGGCUGAUGGGGAUGCGCUUGAAACGGGCUUCAUUUGUAGGCUUCAGUCUUAUGAUGAUAUAAUGGAGCCAAAGCUAGAUAAACUUCUAUCUCAACUGCGGGAAAUUGGUGGUAUGCUAGACCAGAGAUUAACUCACAGGCUAUCAUCAUUGUCAUCACCUGAUGAGUUGUUUAAUUUUUUCACUGAAUUACAAGGCAUUCUGGGGGGUCAAGACUCGAGUGUUCUAGAAGAUGAUCAGAUUAGUCUGGACCCUAGCAGCAACCUUGGAAUGUUUCUGCGUCGAUGUAUACUUACCUUCAAUGAACUAUCCUUUGAGGGAAUAUGUCAUCUGCUGUCAGAUUUAGAAUCAUACUGUAAAGAAGUACUAUCUGGUUCUCCUUCUUUUGAUUUGACUCGAUUAGAUGGCUGUACUGAUGAAUCUGAGAGAUUAGUGGAAUAUGAGAAGAUGGACCUGGAUAGUUUUGCUUUUCAGGAACCUACUGAAAAAGCUGAAACAAGUAAUAGAGCUGGUAAAGGAAUUUCAUUCCAUCUACAUGUGCCAAAAGUCCUUGAUGAGCUGGUUGAAGGUGUUGAGGUUUCUGCGGCCGUGAAGCAUAGUGCCAAAGCCAAAGAAUUAAGCCCAUUUAUGCUCCCAGAAACUGAUGCACUGGAUACAGAUGAUGACAAUGCUGGUAAAUUUUUGCGUUCAAAUUGGCAAGUUCAUGGAUACUUGCUACAAAAAGCUGAUGAAAUUGAAAAGCACGGAAGUUCUUUUCCUCUGAAUACUCUAGAAUCUGAUCUGAAGCAACUCCAUAAAUUGGCUCCUGAAUUACAUCGUGUCCAUUUUUUGCGCUAUUUAAAUAUGCUGCAUCAUGAUGAUUAUUCUGGUGCUUUGGAGAAUCUCCAUCGUUAUUUUGAUCAUAGUGCAGGGAUGGAAGGUUUUGAUCUUUCUUCAUCUUCCACUGAAAGCAACUGCUUUGGGAAAUAUGAGAUUGCAUUGUUAUGUUGUGGAAUGAUGCAUGUUCACUUUGGCCAUCCUAAAUUAGCUCUAGAAGCUUUAACAGAAGCAGUCCGUGCUUCUCAGCAGCACAGCAAUGAUGCUUGCCUUGCUUAUACAUUGACAGUUAUAUGCAACUUGCUGUCUGAAUUUGGUAUAACAAGUGCUUCAAGGAUACUUGGAUCAUCUUACUCACCUAUGACUAGUAUUGGUUCUUCUUUAACCAUCCAUCAACAGUUAUAUGUUCUAUUACGAAGAGCUCUUGCUAGAUCGGAAGGUCUAAAGCUGACACCAUUAGUGUCUGCGAACCAUCUAGCAAUGGCAAAAUUUGACCUGAUGCAUGUCCAAAGAUCUAUGCUAUCUUUUGGUCCCAAAGCAUCUGUUAGCCUUAGAACACGUCCAGCUGAUGUUUUUCAGGAACUGAGGCUAAGCUCCCAUGUGGUCGGUGAAUUUAGUAAUGAAGCCUCUGCAGUGUCUCGUGAUGGUGAUUUUGCUACAACAUGGCUGAAGAACCCACUUAAGCCAAUGGGUCCUCUAAUGAUAAACUCAGAAUAUGGUUCAGGAAGUGAUUGUAGUACAUUUGAGUUUUGUGCUCAACAAAGCUCAAUUCCUAAAUCUGUGCUACAACAACUUGGUUCCUCAUUCUUACUUCGCACCACAGCAUGGGAGAUGUAUGGCAGCAACUCACUUGCCAGGAUAAAUGCCCUUAUUUAUGCCACUUGCUUUGCUGAUGCUUCAAGCUUGGAUAAUCUUGCCUUAGCCUGUGUGAAGCUUGUCCAACAACUUGCUGCUUAUAAAGGCUACAGGGAAGCAUAUGUUGCAUUCAGAAUAGUUGAGAAGAAGUUCCAUGUCAUUUCAAAAUCAAGAGUCUUACUAUUGAAGCUUCAGCUUCUCCAUGAACAUGCCUUGCAUAGAGGACAUUUGAAGCUUGCUCAGCAAGUAUGUGAUGAACUUGGUGCAUUGGCUUCCCCUGUGAUUGGUGUUGAUGUAGAUAUCAAGACUGAAGCAAGCCUUCGCCGAGCUCGAACAUUGUUAGCAGCAAAACAAUUUAGCCAGGCAGCACAGGUUGCACAAUCUCUUUUUUGCACUUGCUACAAGUUCAAUUUGCAAGUUGAAAAUGCAACAGUUCUGCUGUUGCUUGCUGAAAUCCACAAGAAAUCAGGAAAUGCUACCCUAGGCCUCCCGUAUGCAUUGGCUUGUAUACUGUUUUGUCAGUCUUUUAACUUGGACCUUCUGAAAGCAUCUGCAACCCUCACACUGGCUGAGUUAUGGCUCUCGUUUGGACCAACUGAAGCACAUAGAGCACUGUCACUCCUUCAUGGAAUUUUCCCGAUGAUUCUUGGCCAUGGAGGUUUGGAGCUCCGUGCACGGGCACAUAUUAUAGAAGCUAAAUGUCAUCUCUCUGAUGCAAGUUAUUCAGUGAGUCAAACACCAGAGGCAGUGCUCAACUCUUUGAAGGAAGCCUGUGAAGAGCUUGAACUUUUGGAGUAUCAUGAGUUGGCUGCGGAGGCUUACUAUCUGAUGGCUAUGGUAUAUGACAAAUUAGGCUCCUUACAAGAGAGGGAGAUGGCCGCAGCCUCCUUCAAGGAUCACUCUGCUGCUUUAAAAAAUCCUCAAGAUUCCGAGGAUGACACUUCAAACAAUAUGUAGACAAAGUACAAAUGCUACCCUUGCUUUUUACUUUUUCCAAGGAUUGACCUCUUCUAGCUUGCAGAUGUUGGGGGGAUUUAGCUCAGGGCCAAAUGGUGGCCAAGCCUCUUCUCUAAUGGGAAGGACAAGCCAAGGCAUACCAACCACCUGACCUCCAACAAGGCAACAUAUGACAGUCGACAAAUGCCUGCGUGAUAAUGUACAAAACUAGUUGUAUUGCAGAAGCAGUUCUAACCAUCUUCACAAUUUACAGUAGGCUUCUGGGUGGUUCUGCUAGAAAUGGGAAGCAUAGAGAUUUUUGUAGUUAGCUUGGUGAAAAUCCUUCCAUUGUGAUGUAUACAGUAUGUUCAAUGUUCAGUAAGAUGUAAUAUCUGAUAUGUCGUUGCAGAAAUUUCAUGUAAUUGAAAUUUCAUGUCAAAUGGCCUUUAUGUGAUCGGCAUUCUAACUUUCAAAAA